AAUACUGCAAACAAACCCACAAAACAGAACCAGAACAGAAACAGAACAAAACUCAGUUCAAACACCAAUCAGUAUGUCCUUAGUGCAGGUUUGCAUUCAAAAAAAUGAAAUGUCUCAGCCUAGCUGGACUGAUGCGGGCUCUCCUCUGGGUUAUUAUCUGCACUGUUUGUGACAGACUCUCUCAGAGGGAACAGAUGUUGUCUCUCCUCCAUCACCUUCACCAGGUGGGGGAAGACUGAGGCCUUUACCUGCCACCAGCUCAGUGGCUCUUCUGCUCUUUGGAUGAGGGGCUCCUCAUGAUAGCAUCACAUCUCCAUUAUAACAUCAGCUGUGGCACUAAAUCCUCACAUGUGAUUGGCCACAAGGCCGCCAUGCUGCCAAUCAAAACAAAGUUCUACCGUGAGCUGAGCUGAGCCACUGAGCGGCGGAAAAGAAGAGAGCCGGCUCUUUCUCGAUGGGAGUUGGCUCUUCUGAUUCACUGUAAAGCAUCCGCUCUUAGGCUUUUGCGCAUGACACAUCACUCACCAUUAGUUCACAUCCAUCCUCCGUUGUUACCGGACAGAAGAGCACCGAGCGGCCGCCUUAAGAGCUCACUCACCCCCGGAGAGGAUCCAGCAGAACACUCCAGUUUACUACUUCCUGUUUCGCCUGCAGAAACGAUGAAGGAGGAAAUGAACACCGUCUUCCUGGUCUUCGGGUUUCUCUUUGCCCUGAGCGAUGGUUCGGCUGGUUCGGACUGCAGCCCGUCCACAACGGAGGCGAGCGGCGCGGUGCGUUUAUUGUCGGCUGUGGUCGACACGCAGAGAGCCGAGUGGAGCCAGAGGCAACACCUGGAGGCUCUGUUCAACAGAUAUGGAGAAAACGGCACCAUCUCUCUGGCCGGGUUGAAGCGCCUCCUGCAGAGCGUGGGGCUGGAUCGCGUCAGAACCGUCACGGUGCAACAUCACGAGCAGCCGGGCCACCAUGACCACCAUCACCAUGACCACCAUCACCAUGACAACCACCUCCAUCACCACCACGUGCACGAUGACAACAACUCGCAUCGCCAUAAACGCGGCGAUGCGCCACCAGAGAAAUUUCCAAAGAACCAGGACGGAACACCGGGGAAGAAAAGCGAGAACCUGGACCGUCACGUCAACCUGCACGAUAAGAAAACUUUGAUGGCGGCAGAUCAGGAGGUCAGGACCACGGCGGCGUACAGAGCUCAGCUGGUGGACAAAGCGCAAGAUGGCAACCCAGAGAGUCCUACAGGAGAGGAAACCACCGGAGGAAAUGCUGCCCGACUGAUCACUGAGAGUCAGACUCAGGCAUCAAUCAGCCGGGGCCAUGACCAUGACCAUGACCACGACCACGACCACGACCACGACCAGUUUUCCCUCCAGUGUCUGAACGCUUCCAGCAUCCUCUCCUCACACGGGAUGUCUCAGGAAGUGGGCUUCACCCUCGGAGACUUCAGCUUCCUUUGCCCUGCCCUCCUCAACCAGAUCGAUGGAGGGGCCUGCGUUAUGCAUGGAGACGCCUCCGAACAAGAGCAAAGAGACCACGGACAUCACAAACACGCUCACAAUCACCACGGAGACCACAACCACUCCGACCACGGCGAGCGACCUGCCGGGGAGAACGGCAAAAACAUUGCAACAGCGUGGGUUGGCGGCUUCCUCUCCAUCACCAUCAUCAGUCUGCUGUCGCUACUGGGCGUCGUCCUCAUCCCGCUCAUGAACAGAGUUUUCUUCAAGUUCCUCCUCAGCUUCCUGGUGGCGCUGGCGGUGGGAACGCUGAGCGGCGACGCCUUCCUGCACCUCAUCCCCCACUCUCAGGGAGGCCACCAUCACCACCACGAGGACGAAGGAAUGAACAUGGAUGGACAUCACCUCCAUGAUGAGCAAGAGGAAAACCUGGACGCGGUGUGGAAAGGCCUGACGGCGCUCAGCGGAGUCUACGUCAUGUUUCUCAUCGAGCACUUCCUGACGCUGGGAAAAAUGUACAAGGACAAGAAGCAAAAGAUACAGAAGAAGUGGGAUCAGAACGACAAAGCAGACCCAGAAAAGCAGCCGGCUCUGGAGGAAAACGACAUGAAGCCAAGUGAAGAUGUGGAGACUAACGGUGCCGGUACGUUCGGCGACCACUCGAGCAGCCUGCACGGCGGCAGUGUGGCGGAGGAGGAGCAGGUGAUGUUGGCGCCGCAGGUGUCCGUCGUGUCGCCGCAGGGUUACGGCCGAGCGUCAGGCGCCGCCGCCUACACCGCCGAGGACUGCGAGAACAAAUGCCACUCCCACUUCCACGACACGGUGGGCCAGGCCGACAGCAUGCACCACCACCACCACGACUACCACCACAUCCUGCACCACCACCACUCCCAGAACCACCACCCGCACAGCCACUCCCACUCCUACUCGGAGCAGCACUUCCAGCAGGCCGGCGUGGCCACGCUCGCCUGGAUGGUCAUCAUGGGAGACGGACUGCACAACUUCAGCGACGGCCUCGCGAUUGGUGCUGCCUUCACUGAGGGUCUGUCCAGUGGACUCAGUACAUCUGUGGCUGUUUUCUGCCACGAGCUGCCUCAUGAGUUGGGUGACUUUGCGGUGCUUCUGAAGGCCGGUAUGACGGUGCGUCAGGCCAUUCUUUACAACGUGUUGUCGGCCAUGAUGGCCUACUUGGGCAUGGUGACGGGCAUUUUGAUCGGACAUUACGCUGAAAACAUCUCCAUGUGGAUAUUCGCCCUCACAGCCGGGCUCUUCAUGUACGUGGCGCUGGUGGACAUGGUGCCUGAGAUGUUGCACAAUGAUGCCGGGGACCACGGCUUUAGCCACUGGGGCUUUUUCCUCCUCCAGAACGCCGGCAUCCUGCUUGGCUUCUGCAUAAUGCUGCUAAUCGCCAUUUUUGAGCACAAAAUUCAGCUGGACCUGGGAUACUGAAGGAGAGGCGGCGUUCAGCUCAAUGUGCAUUCCAGCGUCUCCGUCUGAUGUGUAGUGUUUUUUUUAUUUGCUGUCGACAGACUCUGGUCUCCUCGGUUUAGUUCUCACGUCGUGUUGCAAGAAGCACCAGUUCAAACAUGAAAAUGGAAUGUUAUCGACCCGCCGCCGUUUUGGUGGAAACAGAAGUCUAGGAGCUUCCGAGGCUCAGAUGUCUGCUGUUCGCACUGAUGUUAGAAGUAAAAAUAGCUCAGAAACUAGUUUUAUUUUUUAUUAGCUUGCACUGUGGUAAAGCAUGCAGCAGUUUCUCACGGUAUCAACAAACUCUUCACCCCUCUAGUGGAAGUCAACAACAUGUACGACAUACAUUCAGGAUCAGUGGUCACAGUUGAUUUUGAUAGUUAAUCCAGUAAGUUUAAAGUGUUUCUGCUGCUGAGUCAAACUGGAUCAGUAUUACUGUAGAUCCUCAAGGUGUCACAACACCAAACUGGGUAACAAGUCACACCAAAAUCCCCCCUUCAAGCACUUAACAUUGUUUCCAAAGUACAUUUCACAUAUUCCAUUACAGCAAAGUCUGAGCCAAAAUUAUUUAUAUAUUAUAAAUUAUUCCAUUUUGCCACGAUUAGGGUUGUGGCCAAUGAUGAAUACCAGUUAAUCCAUUAAUUGUUUAGUUUGUAGAACGUUCCCUGCCAGAGCUGAACUAUUUGGGCUACAGAUGCAAAUUUUAAACACUUGAUUGUCAUAACUGAUGGUCUGCAGAUUUAUUUAGUUUGAAUCUAAUAAUUCUUGAUAUGAAUGAAGUGGAGUCGACAUUAUUCCACAUUUUGAUAAAGUGACUUCAGCAGCUGAAAUGGCUCGUUUAAAUGACGCACAAAGUAACACAGUUUCUGUCCCAGUAAAUUUUGAUUUCUCCUGA